AUGUUAUUUCUUUGCAUCUGCCUUGUAUUAAUUUCGAAUGUUAAUGGUGUGCAUUUUCUCGGUGGUACUAUUACAUGGCGCCCAUUAAAUGCAUCAGCUACUGGAUCACCUAUAGCUAUCGUUAUUACUCAAACUUAUUCCUGGACUUAUACUGAUAUGUCAUGCAGUAAUACUUUAAUUGCUACGAACGGUGAGAUUCCAUCAUAUGCAGGAGUUUCUUCAGCUACACUUGCUUGUAUAAGCAAUUGUGGUACUAGUUCUGCUGGAUAUUCUCCUAUCGGUGUUCUUCCUCGUUGCACUGAUUUUUCGAAUGUUGCUGAUACUUCUAUUGGACAACGUGU